CAUUUGGAUUGCAUACGAUUUACAUUCAUUUGUUGUACGAGAGAGCUGAAGAAACUUGUGAAAAUGGCUGGAAAUUCGAAACCAACAAAAUUGCAAAGCUUAUGCAACACUUUGAAUUGGUUCUUCAAUCUGCCAGCUGUGCAAAAUGCCAAAGUCUCGAUUGUUGUUCUCCUGGAUUUGCUGACGCUGUCGAGCCUAUGUCCAGCUUACUCCAAUUAUAUUGCUCGACCGUUUCUCUUGUGGAAGUAUUAAGCAAGGAUAAAGAUAAUAUAUGUAUACUGUAUAUUUAUACAUAUAUAUUUAUAAAUAUAUAUACUUUUGUAGCUGCGUUCUGUACGUGGGCGCAUUUUGAACUUGUUUCCAAACGAUCUUCACCUUCAGUUCAAUGCCAAUGCCAAUGACGUCAUGCUGCGGACUGCAUCUGCUCGUUUCCAGCAAGUCUCUUGGCCUGCUUGCCUGUUGUCUUCAAACGCUUUGCCAAAACAUUAAAUCGACGCACAAAAUUUUGUUUUUUUCGCUUUUUUCGUGCUCAUUAAAACUUCGAAAGUUUCGGCUUUUGUGUCUGGAAAUAAACGUCAAUUUAAAAGGAACCUGUGCAGCAGCGAAAUCAAGCGACGUUGCAUACACAAACACACACACGUACUCACACACACACACACACACGCACAACAAAUUGAAAAUUCUCGAAUA